AUAAUGGGGGAUGGACGAGAGGAAGGCCCCCGGCAGCCAAAAUGAAGUCUCUGGUGUCCGUGUGCUGCUUGCUGUCUCUGCUGGCCCUGUCUGCUGCAGAUCUCCUUGCAGGGUCCUCCAUUCAUGAUGAGGAGGCUCUGGUGAGUCUGCAGCUUCAGCAGCCAGAGGAAGACCUCUUCUCCUGCGGAUGUGACACAACAGAGGAGCACGCCAGCCAGAGCUCCUCCAACGACACCCCGGCCCCGGAGAGGGCCAUGUGUCAGCCCUGCACACCCCCCUCAGCUUUGAGCACUGAUUCUGAGGAAGAGGAGCCAGCCUCCACCUCAGAGCAUGAAGACGAAGAAGAGGAAGCAGCUUCCACUGAGGAGGUGGCAAGUGAUGGAGAAGAGGAGCAGGAGGAGGCGGCUCCCCAGGAGGAGGUAGUGGAGGAAGAGGAAGAAGAAGAGGCAAUGUCUGAGGAAGAGCCUUCAGAGGAGGCUGAGUCAAUGGAGGAUCAAAGUGUGGAGGAGGAGGCUGCAUCACCUGAAGAGGAAACUGAGGAAGGAGAGGUUGAAGCAGAGGAGGAAUUGUCACAUGAGGAGGAGGAAGUGACUGAACUUCAUGAAGAAGUUGCAGAAGAGGAGGAACCUGCUGCUGAAGAAACAGUUGAAGAGACAGCUGAGGGACCAGAAGGUGAAGACACACAAGAGGAGACAGAGGCAGCAGCUGAGGACGAGGAGGAAAGUGUGGAAACUGUUCUGAGCGAGGCUGUAGAGGAGGAAGAUGAUGUUGCUGUGGAUGCAGCUGAGGAGGAGGAAGAGGACGAGGAGGAGGAGGAGGCAGUGGCUGAAUCUGAACCAGAAGCAGAACCAGAGGAGGUUCCUGCAGCAGACUCUGAACCUGAGGUAACAGAGCCAGAAAUCACAGCAGAAUCUGUGGUUGAACCUGAAGUGACUUUGGAGCCCGAUAUUGAAGUGGAUUCUGAACCAGAACCAGAGGUGAUUUCAGAACCAGAGGUGAUUUCAGAACCAGAACCAGAACCAGAGGUGAUUUCAGAGCCUGAACCAGAACCAGAGGUGAUUUCAGAACCAGAACCAGAGGUGAUUUCAGAACCAGAACCAGAGGUGAUUUCAGAGCCUGAACCGGAACCAGAGGUGAUUUCAGAACCAGAACCAGAACCAGAGGUGACUUCUGAAGUAGACACAGAGCCUGUUGUGGAGGAGGUUACAUCAGAACCUGUUGAGGAAGUAGCUUUGGUGGAUGUACCAGUGGAAAUCACAGUGGAGGAAGCUCCUGUGGAGGAAGAGGCACCUGCUGAUGUUACUGAGGAGGAGGCAACAGUGGAGGAAGAGGAGCCCACAGAGUCUCACACCAAAGGACAUGAGGUGGACGAGGCAGCCGGCCCGACGCUGAGGGACCGCUCCCACAUUGAGGACACGCUGCGACUGGCCACUGCUGAACCGUCAGCAGAGUUUACCACUGCUAUGAAGAAGCUGCUGAACAUCUACCACACGGCCAUUAAACCAAUGGAGCAAGCCUACAAGUACAACGAGCUCAGGCAGCAUGAAGUCACAGAUGCUGAGAUCACCUCUAAGCCCAUGGUUUUGUUCCUGGGACCCUGGAGCGUCGGCAAGUCCUCCAUGAUCAACUACCUGCUGGGCCUUCACAGCACCUCCCAGGAACUCUACACAGGUGCUGAACCCACCACCUCUGAGUACACCGUCAUAAUGCACGGUGAAAGGUUUCGGACCAUAGAGGGCAUCGUCAUGGCAGCAGACAGCUCACGGUCCUUCUCUCCACUGGAGAAGUUCGGCCAAGGCUUCCUGGAGCGACUGGUGGGUAUUGAGAUGCCCCACAAGCUGCUGGAGAGGGUCACCUUCGUCGACACGCCCGGCAUCAUUGAGAACCGCAAACAGCAGGAAAGAGGUUACCCUUACAACGAGGUGUGCCAGUGGUUCAUCGAUCGAGCCGACCUGAUCUUCCUGGUGUUCGACCCCACCAAGUUGGACGUGGGCGGGGAGCUGGAGAUGCUCUUCAGGCAAAUGAAGGGACGCGAGUCCCAGAUCCGCCUCAUCCUCAACAAGGCCGACAGCCUUUCCACCCAGGACCUGAUGAGGGUCUACGGGGCCCUGUUCUGGAGCAUGGCACCAUUAAUCAACGUCACAGAACCCCCUCGGGUUUAUGUCAGCUCCUUCUGGCCCCAGGAAUACGCUGUGGACACCAGCCGGCAGCUCUUCAUGAAGGAGGAGAGCUCUCUGCUGGAGGACCUCAACCAGGUGAUUGAGAACCAGAUGGAGAACAAGAUCGCUUUCAUCCGCCAGCACGGCAUCCGCGUGCGCAUCCACGCCCUGCUGGUGGACCGCUACCUCCAGACCUACUACGACAAACUGGGCUGGUUCAGCGACCCCUACGAGGUGUUCCAAGACAUUGUGAACGACCCGGACAAGUACUACAUCUUCAAGUCCAUUCUGGCCAAGACCAAUGUCAGCAAGUUCGACCUGCCCAACAAGGAGGCCUACCAGGACUUCUUCGGCGUGAACCCUGUGUCCAACUUCAAGCAGCUCUCCUACCACUGCAGCUGGACCAGCGGCUGUCUGCUGGAGAAGAUAGAGAGGGCCAUCUCGCACGAGCUCCCGGCUCUGCUCAGCAGCAUCAGCAAGGCCACGGGCACACCCGCCCCGGCGAACACCACGCCAACGACCCCAGCCCCGCCGCCUCUCCCUGGCACCUGCGAAGGUCCCGGGUGUGAAGAGAAACCCAAGAAUCGCUGGAGGAGGCAAUGAGGUGGGGGAGAAGGGUGCAGGAGGAGAAACAGAGGUAGCAGAUGGCAGCAGCAGCAGCAGCAGAAGCCAGAGGGUUUAAACCUCACUGCUGUAAUUUUUAGGACUCAAUGUGGAGAGACUGAGCAGAGAGAGAAAGGGAAUAGAAAAUGUGCAAAGAUCUAAAGUACCAAACAGACCUGAGUAUUUAAGAAUCCCUCUCAGUAAGAUGUACCAAAUGGAUGGGGUUUACUACACUGGGACAGUGCUGAUGAGUUGUAGAUAAGUUUCUUGUUUCUCGUUGUUUUCAAGUUUGUACAUUAUUUAUUCAAGUUUCUUUCAGAGAAAGAUGCUGGCAGUGACCAUACUCCUCUAGAGAUAAAUGCUGCCACUCUUAUGUCUUCUGUGUUGUUUGCAAAGUCUGAAGAUUCUGUCACAUCUGCUGUGCUGUGUUUCUACAGUUAAACCAGUGUAGGUCAUUAUCAGGGCACAUAUUUUCAUUGGAGCGACAAUUAAGUUUUCUUUUAUCAUUUCUCAGUACUGCACUGGGACUGAAUUGACUGAAUACAACCAUGAUAUUUUUAUCAAAGCUCUGUCAUUUAAUGGUAGCUUUCUGUCCAUGUGCAUUUGUAUUUGUGGCCUUUUCAGCCCUCUGAACUGUUGCUAGUUUUACCUCAACACGGCUGCAUACCACAUGGGCAUUUCCUUUAAAAUGUAAUCUUUUCCUCAUUCUUUUGGGUCUGUUUGUAAUUGUUAUUCUUUUGUGUGAUUUCUUUUGAGUAAACAACAAAAAAAAUCCUGCAAGCCUUUUUCUUUUGU